AUGCUGGACAGAAUUACGAGGCGAGUGGAUAUCCGCCAUUCGAUGGUUGGUGCUCGUGGUUGGAAGGCGGACUAUGCGCUGUUGGUGACUUGGGAAAGAAUGAGCUAUGGAGGGGCACCCAAAGUCACAGAUAUGAGCAAGUACGAACAGGCAAAACGAUGGCAAAACACCUAUCAAAUGGUGCUGGCGACGGACGAAAUCCGAACGUACUGCAUGCUGAACUAUGCGAACAUCAAUUGGACGUCGUCUUCUCAAAGUGGAGCUCUCACUCGAGGACGAGGAGGCAAACAAAGCGCC